CUUCGGAAAGGUCAGCCUAAUUAAUAUUCGCGGUCGCCAAGUAUAUAAAGCAAUAGUUGGUAACAGUUUCUCAGUUCGAUAUUAUAACUCGUCGCAGGCACAUAUCGGAUUUAGCCAUGCGUGUUUUUUUGGCAAUUUCGUGUUUGGCAGCUUUGGCCGCUGCACGCCCUGAUGUCAGCCAUCUAGGAUACAAUUACCACUCUGGAUUCAGGGGCACAACUGUUGGGCCAACUGUAGUUGCUAAGUCAAAUGGUAUUGCCGUUGAUGCAACUCUUGCACCAACCGUUGCACCAUUGGGCCUUACAACAACUAUUGCUCCAACUCUCGCCCCAUUGGGAUUGACCUCAACCAUAGCCCCAGCUCUUGGAUACCAUGCUGACAGUUUCUUACCAUCUACCCCGCUUCCACUUGGAUUCGGCAGUGGAUUUGAUAGUUUAGCAGCCACCGCCAUCCCAUCCACCCUUGCACCAUUUGGCAUUACUGCAGCUCCAACUGCUUUCUCAACUUUCGGAUUGGAUGCUACUGCAAUCCCAUCGACCCUUUCUCCUCUUGGUCUUGGCAUCAGCAGUUUCGGAUACAAUGGAGCCUCUGCCGCAGGCUACAUCCACCAUCAAACCCCAGUUGUCAGCAAGCACUUCUAUGGCUACUCCGCUCCUGAAGAAGCCCGUGAAGAGUACCACAGACAUCUUGUUCUUGGAACCCCACAAAAGAACUACCGUGUAGUUUUCAUCAAGGCUCCAUCUAGUCAAACCGCUACUCGCAUUUCCGCAUCAUUCGCUCCAACUGAGGAGAAGACUGUCAUUUAUGUAUUGAGCAAGAAACCAGAAGAUCUUCAAAUUAAUGACAUUCAAGCUCCAGCACCAACCGAGCCAAGCAAGCCAGAAGUAUUCUUCAUCAAAUACAAGACUCCAGAGGAAGCUGCACAUGCUCAACAACAAAUUCAAGCCCAAUACGAUGCCUUGGGUGGAUACUCUCAUGCCAGCGACGAAGGAGUUGCCCCUCUUACAUCUGUCAUUGGCUCCUUGGGAGAAUCUAUCAGUGAAGUCGAUAUUGCCAAUGCCCGUUUCGACACUGUCCACGCACCUAUCCAGGUUUCAACUCCUCUUGCCGCUGGUGCUAUCCAUCAUGUUGGAUCGCCACUCUCAACUGUUGCUCCCACCUUAGAUGCUCUUUCCAUUGGAGGACUUACUAGCACCAUUGCCCCAGCUUUUAACAGCUUUGGAGCUGAUGCCUUCUCAUUGAGUACCCUUGCUCCAGCCGUCAGCACAGUCGCUCCAUUUAUUAGCACCUUGGCCCCAGCCGUAAGCACAAUCGCUCCAGCUGUCAGCACUGUUGCACCAGCUUUCGGUGAACUUGCCCCAGCUGUCAGCACAAUUGCUCCAGCUGUCAGCACAGUUGAACCUGCAAUUAGUAUCGGAGACAAAUACUUGCCACCAAGGAAGGCUUAAGUAAAGUAAAUUCCUAUGUCAUGACUCCUCGUAAAUGUAAUGUGUAAUGAUAAAUGUAUUACAAAAAUGUUCGAACAUUAAAAGUUAUAAAUUGAAUAAAUUA